AAUGUUGAACGUUGUUUCCAGUAUCCAAAGGGCCUAUGGGGGCUGGCGAACAAUCAUCCAAUGCAGUCCUGGAAAGAACGCUACAAAAAGAAUUGCGUGCGUCUGGAUGGCAGGAUUGACACAGUUAUAGCCGAGAAGGGUUACACGGUCAAAUCAAAGACAGCUUACAGGAACGACCGCAGGUUGAAUAAACACACACACACAUAUGCCCUGGAAGGGGAGGAGGAGGAGGAAGAUCCUGACGAGCAAGGUGAGUUUGCCACGAGUGAAGACGAGGAGGAGUCCCCACCUCCACGAAAGCGGCAGAAGCAUUUUAAGAGGUAAUGGUGCA